AUGCUGGUGUGGCUUUGUCCCCAGCAGGCCCCAGAUACUUCGCAGAACCGCUGGCCUUCAGACCGCCUGGAGGCCCCGAGCUCUGUUGCACACCAAGCAGAGGGAGAGUGUGUGGGAGAGAAGGGCGUCAUGGGAGAAAGCUGCUUCUGCUCCUUCCAGUUUGACACGAGACCGAGCUCCUUCUUCAUACCAUACACACAUCCCAGCUCUCACACCCGCCUUCCAGCCCCGAUCCUCCGCGGACACCCAUCCAGACAGCCACCGGCCCAUCCAGCACUGCGCAUCCGGGCCCCAGAGCUCUCCACGCGGCUUUGCACUCCUUAUUCCAUGAUGUCAUACCUGUGGCUGCUGCUGAUAGCCUCGCUCCUGGUGGGGAGCCCCACCAAGGCACAAGAUGAAGAUAAUGCAGAGGAGGUAGUGGACGACGCGGCAGACACAGAGGCAGAUGCUGGUGCAGAGGAGGAGGUGGCAGAUGACACAGCAGCUGAAGAGGAUACAACAACGGAUGCUACGGACGAUGCCACGGACGAUGCCACAGACGAUGCCACGGACGAUGCCACGGACAAUGCCACGGACGAUGCCACGGACGAUGCCACGGACGAUGCCACGGACGAUGCCACGGACGAUGCCACGGACGAUGCCACAGAUGAUGCUGCUACCGACGAUGCCACGGACGAUGCCACAGAUGAUGCUGCUACCGACGAUGCCACGGACGAUGCCACAGAUGAUGCUGCUACAGACGAUGCUACGGACGAUGCUACGGACAAUGCUACUGACGAUGCUACGGACGAUGCUACUGACGAUGCUACCGAUGCUACAGACGAUGCUACCGACGAUGCUACCGACGAUGCUACCGACGAUGCUACCGACGAUGCUACCGACGAUGCUACCGAUGAUGCGACAGACGAUGCAGCAGUUGAUGCGACUGAUGAUGCUACCGAUGAUGCUACCGACGAUGCUACCGACGAUGCUACCGACGAUGCUACCGAUGAUGCGACAGACGAUGCAGCAGUUGAUGCGACUGAUGAUGCUACCGAUGAUGCUACCGAUGAUGCUACCGAUGAUGCUACCGACGAUGCUACCGACGAUGCUACCGAUGAUGCUACCGAUGAUGCUACCGACGAUGCUACCGAUGAUGCUACCGAUGAUGCUACCGACGAUGCUACCGACGAUGCUACCGAUGAUGCUGUAGAGGCUGGAGCCACAGAUGAGGCCACAGAUGCUACACCUGCUGAUGACACAGAGGAAGGCACAGACGCUGUAGCGACUGAUGAAGACACAGAUGACAUUGCUGACACUCCCACGGACGCUGCUGACUCUCAAACCGAGACUGAUGCAGCCGCUCCUGUGGAUGAUACACCAGUGGAAGCUGACAGUGGAAACACAGAAGUUGCUGCCGAUCUCCCAGCAGACACGAUUAUACCAGAAUCGGGCCCAAUAGAAGAAAUCUUUGAAAAAGAAUCAAGAGGGAUGAACAACGCAGAGUUUAACCUGGGCAACAAACCAGAGAGUGCAGCAGUAGCCGAGGGUUCCUCUCCGCAGAAGAAAGGGUCUGGCUCGGGGGCUUUGGCUGCGGUUCUGUCCACUAUCGGAGUGGCAGCAGUGGGAGCAGUCACCGGAUACUUUGCCCACCAGAAGAAGAAACUCUGCUUCAAAAACAGAGAGGCAGACCCAGAGGAGGCCCGGAAAGAGGAGGCAGCAGAGGCCAAGUCCGACCCACAAGUCCUUAGCACCCUGCUGAACUCGUCUUAA